AUGGACGUGGGUAAUCAACAACCGUGCGGAUUGUCGAUAAGUGGGUAUAAGAACGUUGCGAAGAAGUUCUUGGACAAAACCGGCCUUCUGCAUUCAGCUAAACAAAUGAAAAACAAGUAUGACAACUUGAAGAAAGAUUGGGUUGUGUGGAAGAAGCUGGAGAAUGCCAGCCAAAGCUUGACAGGACUUGGGUACGACCAAGAGACGGGUUUGUUCAUAGCUCCUGACCAUUGGUGGGCAAAAAUGCAAGCGUUCAAGAUGAAGCCUCUAGAGCACUUAGAGCUCAUGGAACGGGUGUACUCUGGCGCAGCUGCGACGGGUAAACAUACAUGGACUCCAACUAAAUUGCGCGAUGAUGAUGUUGCAGCGGCCAUUGCAAUUGAGGACAGCGGCAUAAGACCUCUCAGUGCUGGCACACCACUACAUCUGGGCCAUGAUACUGUCAAGGAGAACAUGGUGGAUAGUUCCUUGUUCGACGAUGCUCCCCCGUAG